UGCCUAGUCUCAACUACCGACUGCUGACUAUUGAUAUGCAGAAUGCUCGUCUCCUUCUCCUCUAUAUAAUAACAAAGUGAGGAGAGAGACGGAGAGGAUCUGAGAUUAACGAUUCCUUAUUCGCUUUCUGCUUCUGUUUAUAUUUUAUUUAUUUAUUUAUUUUUGGUGGGAUUUCUGCUUCUAUUUAUUACUUCACUGUAGUGUUUGCUGAACAAAAGUCUUCGUUUUGCCUGGUUCUAGUUUGUUGGAUCUUCUGAUUUCUCCGUCUACACAAGUGGGUGGAUCAUUGAUCAUAGCUAGAAGCUAGUUCUUGAAAGCCCUUCAGGACGAUCCUGGAAUUGCAGGUCUUUUCUUCAGAAAUUCGAUCAAAUAUUUGUUGAUUGAGUAUUCAUCAACAAGAUGAUCUGCUCAGUCAAGCAAUCCACAGCUGCUCUUGGCGUUCCCGAUCUCUUACGGCUACGGCCUAAGCCAUCGGGACUGCAUCCACAAUACUGUUCGCUUCCCUCUCUGUCAGCGCCAAGAGGGUCCAACUCCAUUGUUGCUGGUGCUGCUCUGAAACCCCUCUAUAUUUCAUCAGUCAAAGCUUUUGGAUCUUCGGAGACUGUUAGACCUCGCAAGCCUAUUUUUGAGUGCAAAGCUUCUGAUCAAUCGCAACCACUAGAUGCCAAUGUUGAAGUACCUGACAAGAAGGCACCAGGAGCCGCUGCUCAGAAGCUAAAAAUCAGCAUCUAUUUUGCGACUUGGUGGGCUUUGAACGUUGUCUUCAACAUAUACAACAAGAAGGUCCUCAACGCGUACCCAUUCCCAUGGCUCACCUCUACACUAUCUCUCGCAGCGGGAUCGUUGAUUAUGUUGGUCUCCUGGGCUUUGCGGAUUGCUGAAGCCCCCAAAACUGACUUGGAAUUCUGGAAAACUCUCUUUCCGGUUGCGGUGGCACAUACCAUCGGACAUGUAGCUGCUACUGUGAGCAUGUCAAAGGUUGCGGUUUCGUUCACUCACAUCAUCAAGAGCGGUGAACCUGCUUUCAGCGUCUUGGUUUCGAGGUUUAUCUUGGGUGAAACUUUUCCAGUGCCCGUGUAUCUGUCACUUCUGCCAAUUAUUGGUGGUUGCGCUCUUGCGGCUGUCACCGAGCUUAAUUUCAACAUGAUAGGGUUUAUGGGGGCUAUGAUAUCAAAUUUGGCGUUCGUGUUCAGAAACAUAUUCUCCAAGAAAGGAAUGAAGGGCAAUUCUGUCAGUGGCAUGAACUACUACGCUUGUUUGUCCAUUAUGUCUCUGGUGCUUCUCACACCCUUCGCGAUUGCGGUGGAGGGUCCGCAGCUCUGGGUAACUGGCUGGCAACAAUCGGUCUCAACGAUUGGACCCCAGUUGAUUUGGUGGGUGGCGGCACAAAGUGUGUUCUAUCACUUGUACAACCAGGUUUCAUACAUGUCCCUGGAUGAGAUCUCACCCUUGACGUUUAGCAUUGGAAACACCAUGAAGCGAAUUUCCGUCAUUGUCUCCUCUAUCAUCAUCUUCCGUACGCCUAUCCAACCAGUCAAUGCCCUCGGAGCUGCCAUCGCAGUCUUUGGAACCUUCCUCUAUUCCCAGGCUAAACAGUAGGAUAACGGGAGCAAGAAACUUAGCUCGUUUCCUUAAUUCUGCGUGAAGGAGAAAGAUGGUCUUGGAGAGAUUUCUAAAGCUGUUGAUAGUAGUUAUUUGAUGCCCAAUAAUAUUGGGAUUUUGGUCGGUUGGCCAACGGAGUUUCUUCUUGUAGAUAAAAUAAGAAAGAUUAAAAAGUAAUUGUAUUACUAAACAGGGGAAUAGAUAGGUAGUUAUUCUCUUCUUUCUUCUUUUUCCUUUUCUGGUGAGUGGGAUUUUGGAACAAAACUAUUUGUUCAGUGAAAUAUGAAUAAGCUCCAGAGAUGUGCCCUUUUGAGGGAAUUAAUAAUGUCAUGUUUUGGUGAUUCAUUCACAUUCAAA